UUGGGUAACCAGGUGGAGGUGGACCCUGAAGACAUAACGGUCACCUUCGAUGAUGUCAAAGGAGCUGACGAGGCCAAGCAGGAACUCAAGGAUGUGGUGGAAUUCCUGAAAUCUCCUGAGAAGUUUUCAUCAUUGGGCGGCAAGUUGCCCAAAGGUGUUUUAUUAGUGGGUCCGCCGGGUACAGGCAAGACGUUGUUAGCUCGAGCUGUGGCUGGUGAGGCGAGGGUGCCGUUCUUUCAUGCAGCAGGACCAGAAUUCGAUGAAAUCCUCGUUGGACAAGGAGCUAGGCGUGUCAGGGAUCUAUUUAAGGCGGCCAAGGAGAGAGCACCCUGUGUUAUAUUCAUUGAUGAGAUAGACUCAGUGGGCGCCAAACGUACCAACAGUGUGUUACAUCCGUACGCCAACCAGACAAUAAACCAGCUAUUAUCAGAAAUGGAUGGAUUUCAUCAGAACGAGGGUGUGAUAGUACUAGGAGCUACCAACAGGAGAGACGACCUGGACCAGGCGCUGCUGAGACCCGGGAGAUUUGAUGUGGAGGUGUCAGUUCCAACUCCAGACUACGGCGGUCGUCUGGAGAUUCUCCGGAUGUACGUGUCUCGUGUGGCGGCCGCGCCCGGCCUCGACGUAGAGGCUCUAGCGCGAGGAACUACAGGCUUCACGGGCGCUGACCUAGAGAGUAUGGUCAACCAAGCCGCGCUAAAGGCAGCCAUCGAGGGCGCUAAGACGGUGAGCAUGUAUCACCUAGAGGAGGCUCGUGACAAGGUGCUGAUGGGCCCGGCGAGGAGGGCGCGCCUGCCUGAUGAUGAAGCGAACGCUAUCACCGCCUGCCACGAGGGGGGGCAUGCGGUCGUUGCGUACUACACUAAGGAUUCUCACCCUCUCCACAAGGUCACUAUAAUCCCACGCGGACCUUCCCUGGGACACACAGCCUACAUACCCGCCAAAGAAAGAUACCACGUGACCAAACAACAACUCCUGGCUAUGAUGGACACCAUGAUGGGAGGGCGGGCGGCCGAGGAGCUCGUCUACGGGCCGGAUAAGAUUACAUCGGGUGCAUCGUCGGAUUUGAAGCAAGCUACAUCCAUAGCAUGUCACAUGGUCCGCGAGUGGGGCAUGAGUGAGAAGGUUGGUCUGAGGAGUGUGGACACUGGCAAGACGCUACAGCAAGAACAGUUGGGGCCCUACACCAACGAACUGGUUGAUGCUGAAAUAAAGAAAAUUCUAUCAGAGAGUUACGAGAGAGCUAAGGCUAUACUGAGGACACACGCUAAAGAACAUAAGGCUCUGUCGGAGGCUUUGUUGAAAUACGAGACUCUAGACGCUGACGACAUCAAAGCGAUCAUGUCCGGAGACAAGGUGAAGAUGGACCGAGGGAGGAGCAGCAACACUAAUAAAGAACCCUCGCCCGCCACGCUACUGCCGCACACCAUGCCCGCAUAG